GGAAAAGGAAAAGAUAACAAAUAAAAAAUUACCAUACUUCACCGACGAGCCGGCCUACCUACUUAUGUCUAACGCUCUUAGCCUAACAGGCAUCGAAACGUUCUCCCCAUCCGAAAAGACCCGCCGCAUAGCCGCAGUAGCCAAUGACCUCACCGCUUCAAUAAUCUACAUCGCCAAGCAAGCAGCGGCCGAAAACCUCAGCAUAGAACAGAUCGCGCCCAUCUACGAUCUAAUUGAUAAGGUGAACGUGGUGGGGAGGCGACAUACGAAGCGACUGGAGAGGGAGCUGGAGGAGCAGGAUAAACAAAUUGAGGAGAUGAAGAAGAUGCUGGGGGAACGGGAUAGGCAGAUCGAGGAGACUGCGGGGAGGUAUCGUGAGGAGAUUCGCAGGGUGGUAGAGGGGGCGGAUUUGGCGGUACGGGAGUUGAGCACGAGGGUGGAGACGCUUGAGCAACAGCUUAGGGGGUUGAGAUGUGAUGGGCUUGGAUAGUUCUAGUAAAGGGUAGGGGUAUAGGAGCGAGCAUGUAUGUAGUAUCUGAUCAUUGAUUGAGUGUUGUUGCUAUCACUGCCUCUAGGAGGCGGUUUGUCCAUGCGCUUCGAGGAAAUUCCGGUUGCGAUCAGCCCACUAGCGCAUUGAGCACAGUGUCUUUCUUAUAAGUAGUCAGCGCAAUUCCCUUGGUGCAUCAUCUCUCAUAUAUCUGCAUCUGUUUUCAGCAACUCUGCGUCUGCAGUGUGCAUUCCAAUCUUGUGAUGUCUUCCAAGGUUGUUGCUGUAGAUCCAACGUGAAUUCGC